AUGUCCAGUUCCUUUCCCUUCAUUUUACCGGGUUUUGAAGUUACGAUUUACCUUCGAAGUUAUGAUUUUAUCUUGAAUCUCAAUUUGAUAUUAACCUUUUCAGGUGAGGCAAUUCCGCUUGAAUACAAUCUUGCUGGUCUAAACGCAAUAAGCUUUGACAAAGGGUGCUAUGUAGGCCAGGAACUCAUUGCCCGUACACAUCACCGUAGGGUCAUUCGAAAGUGUUUAAUUUCUCUGAAGUUUCUCGAUGAUAUCGGAAAAGAGAUGGAGCAGAAAGUUGCUCCUGGGUCAGAUAUAAUUGUAGCUUCAUCAGGCAAAAAGACUGGAACUGUCACCACUGCACUUGGAUGUCGUGGCCUGGGGCUUUUGCGUCUGGAAGAAGCCUUCAAAUGCCCGGGUUCUCUGACCAUACAAGGGGAAGACGUGAAUGUUGAGACCAUAAGGCCAGAAUGGUGGCCUGCGGAGUGGUAUCUGGAACACCAACAACACAGUGCAGUUGUUCAGAAUGUUUUUUAUGGAACAAAGUUGCUCUUGUGGACUUGAAUGGUCCUGCAAAUAUUGUCCUAUGUACCUCCAAGCAGUUAAAGGACUCAUAGGGCGACAUAUAGUUGCUCUUGGUUUGGUGAUAAAGGUAAGCUUACGAACAAGCAGAUUCCAAACCACUGAGACAGCAAAGCUAGGUAGCAAAAGGAAGUUUGAUUCUCAGAAGUUAAGAAUGAGGGUAUUUGACAUGUUUUGUGGCUGUUUCGAGUGUCAUUUCACUGCAAUUUGUAUGAUCUUAUGAUGUUUAUUUUAAUGGUAGGAUUAGCGAAAGUUACAAUCAAAAUAAGGUUGACGUUAUAACUCAAUCUAAUGCGUAUAUAAUAUACAUCGUGUUGUUUGUGAUUGAU